AUGUUACAACUUGGCCUUCUUGCUGCCGGUCAUCUUCCUAUCUUUUUUGCAAUGCUCUUUACAUUGAUGCUAAGUGCAUCAUAUGUGUUGGCAGUAUGGCAAGGUGAUGUAGAUCCAGUUUUUCCAUAUAUUUCAUCUUCUGGAGAUCAUCGUCCAGAAUCGUGUUUCUUUAGUAUGAUGCUCAAUUUAUGCUCGUUUCUGAUAAUGCUUAUCAUUUAUUUAAGGUACUCGCUAGUAGUUGAGUUGAAUCGUGACUCAGAUCAUCUACUGAAACGUUUGAAUAUUUUUACAUUCGCUGUCGGUAUGAUUGGUGGAGUUGGGAUGUUCGUUGUCGCAAAUUUUCAAGAAUCAGCUGUUAUUACAGUACACUUAACUGGAGCAUUUUUAUGUUUUGGAUGCGGCUGUUUUUAUAUGCUUUUGCAAUUUUGUCUUACCAUUUAUAUGUGUCCAUUAUAUAACAGCCGCCGUAUCGGUCUCAUCCGUGGUGCAAUAGCAUUAUUUGCUAUAAUAUGCUUCAUCACAGUUGUUUCUUUUGGUAUAGCUGCAUCGAAGGAAUUUCACAAGCAUUACCCUGACCUACCUACACCGAGGCCCUGGUCCAGAAAGACAAAUCAACCCGGUUACAGUCUUCACUGCGUUUCUGCUAUUGCUGAGUGGUGCUUGGCAGUAUGCAAUGUGUUAUUUAUAUUAAGUUUUUCUCGCGAUUUUGAGAAACUUCGUGUUGAAUUGAAUGUACAGCCGUUAGUUUCGCAUUUGGAUCAUAGUCCAUUGUGGCGCUCCGUUACCGAUCUCAGUUCACCGUACUGA